AUACGAGAUAAAAAGGGGGUAAGUAUUGAGGUGAUACCGGAGGAGGGUUUUAGCGAGGACGAUGAAGCGCUGGCUGCGGAUCUUGCCGCAUUCCGAGAUGCUCGAAGAACAUCCAGGAGUGCUCCAGGAGGUCGGGUUCGUUCUGACAAUGCCCAGUACGAAGUGAUUAACGCCCAACUUCGAGGCAUUGACACCGAAGAGGAGGGGGAGGAGGAAGAAGAGAAGCCAGAAUUACCUGUAGCGGGGGAUUAUGAAAGAGGGGGGGAGCAGGAUUUGUAG